UGAUGCAGCUCAACGUAAUGCAGGACAAGGAGAAAACGGAAAUGUUGCAGUUUGCUCUCUCCCUAUUGGCUGCCCACGCCUCCUUUUUCUCCCACGGCCACACCACAGCCGCCUCAUCGCAACCAUUCCGUACGAGCCUGGGAACACAGUUGGAGCAGAUGGAGUUGGAAGCAGCACGGAGGCAGCGGGACCUGGAGCAGAGACACGCAUUGCUGCUGCAGCAGGACCUGACGCAGGAGGUGGUGGGCGUGGCCAGCGGGGGGGCGGGGCCUGAUGCCCCCCCCAUGGAGGGGUAUCUGUACAAGAGGGCCAGCAACGCUUUCCGCACCUGGAGCCGGCGCUGGUUCUCCAUUCAGAGCAACCAACUGGUGUACCUCAAACGGGCCCAGGACCCCCCCACGGUGGUGGUCCCAGACCUGAGGCUGUGCACUGUGAAGCCUUGUCCCGAAUUGGAGCGGCGCUUCUGCUUCGAGGUGGUGUCCCCAAACAAGUGA